AUGGAAGAUGUUGAGCUGAGGUCACGUCAACGUACACAAAAUUCGUUUCCAACAACAUCAUCUGACUUGUUUAUCGACGAGAAUAAGGGCUAUGUUGACCAUAAGAUUCAUGCGAAUGACACGUUACAGAAGAUUGGGUUGUUUUACUCUGUUCCGGUAAGUGUUUUGCUGUGAAGUUUAUGUUUUUAGGUGUGAAAUUGAAUGUUUUGUCUUACACUAAGCUUUAGUUUGUCUAAAAGUUGACGAUGAAUGACAUACAGCUUGUUUCAUGGCAUCUGCUGUCUAGUGUAACACCUUGAUGUAUCUUUUUCUUUAAUUCUGACUAAUUUCAGGCAUCAGAGAUAAAACGGGCAAACAAUAUCAUAGCUGAUCAAGACUUCUACGCUUUACGUUAUGUAAAAGUGCCAAUUACAAACCUACGGCUUCAUUACUUGAACGAGCUUCAUAAGGAGCAAACUGGGCAUAAUCUGGUAAAUCAAGAUAAUAUAGCUGAACCAAGAGUUUCUACACUUCGAACGUCUAGUGAAGGUAAGUUUACAUUUUAUUCCUAUAUCUUUACAGUUUUCUGAGGUAAGAUUUCAUAUUCAUCUAGAAAAGUUGAUUUAUGUUGAACAAGAUCAUCCAUACCUAAUUUUUUAGAAAGAGCCCAAAUCAUUGAUGUAAGUGACAAAACGCCAUUGUUAAAUGACUCAGAUGAAGACGAAAUAAGUGCUCCAAGUAAUGCGAAGGAUAGAAUUGAUAAGUUAUUGGGUAAAACUGAUAAAACUGUCGCUGCAGUUAGAUCUCAACUACCUGCUUCACCUGGUCUUGAAGAUGGCUCCAGGUUUCAUUUUGUGAAUGCCAGUGCUCCGGAUAAUGCUUUGAAAGGUAAGGACAACGGUUUUUUGUCGUUUUUGAUUGGCUUUAUCUAUGUUUUGCUUAAAAAUUUGGCUAGAAGCUAGAAAUUUUAUGAACCAUCUAGUGUAAUAUAGUGACGGUGAAAAAAAUUGAUUUUUGGGUUAAAAUUGAUUCAAAAUGGUAAAGUUUGUUUUUGUAGUGAAAAAUAGAACCCUUAGGCUACUUAUUUUUAUAUUUAGAAAUUUAAAUUUACUACAGAAAUAACAGUAUACAGUAAUUUCAGGCACGUUACUGUUAAUUGUUGGAGUGCUACUCAUGUUCGUAGUGAUACCUUUGCUAUUGACCUUGAUGGAGGAGAGAAACGAAGCAGAACUGGAGCUAAGGCAUCAACAUCUCAAAGAACAACAACAUUCUCAUUCUACAUAA